AUGGAGUGCACCCGCGUGUACAGUAGCAGACCGUGGCCGCCGCAGCUGAUGACGCAAGGAGAGCGUGCGCAGGCGCAGCUGGAGCCCGAACGGCAGCGGCCAAAUGGCCCUGCAGAAGGGCUGCGAGCCCGCCAGCCCGCCAGCCCGCUUGUUAAUUGCACGGAUAUGCGCCGGAAGCGCAUUGUUCCCCUUGGCCAGCCGGCAGGAACAGUGGUCCAGCUGGCCACAGAAGCAGUCCCGCCAGCAGCGGACCAGAUAGCAGCAGUAGCAGCAGUGCAGCCAGCAGCAGCCCAGCCAGCAACAUUGGUUCAGCGAGCAGCCCAGCAGCAGCAGUGCAGCCCACCAGCAGCGUUGCAGCUCAGCAUCACCAGUGCAGUCCAUGAGCAGCAGGGCAGCACAGCAGCAUUAGUGCCGCACAGCAGCAGCAGUGCAGCCCAGCAGCAAUGGAGCAGAGCAGCAGCAGUGCUCAGCAGCAGUGGUGUAGCCCAGCAGCAGCGGUGCAGGACAGCAGCAGUUGAACAGAAAAGCAGCAGCGGUGCAGAGCAGCAGCAGCAGUCCAGCCAGCAGCAGCAGAAUUCGAGCAAGAAGCCCAGCAGCAGCGGUGCAGCCCCGCAAAAGCUGUGCAGCCUAGCAGCAGUGGUGCGACCCAGCAGCAGUGGUGCAGCCCUGCAGCAGCGGUUGCAGCCAAACAGCAGCAGAGCAGCAGUGAAACCCAGCAGCAGCAGUGCAGCCCCCACAGCAGCAGUCCAGCCCAGCAGCAGUAGUGAAGCCCAGCAGCAGCAGUGCAACCCAACAGCAGCAGUCAUCAUAGCAGCAGCAGUGCAGCCCAACAGCAGUGGUGCAGCCCAGCAACAGCGGUGUAGCCCAGUAGCGACAGUGAAGCACAGCAGCAGCGGUGCAGCCCAGCAGCAGCGCAGCAGUGAUGCAGGCCAGCAGCAGCAGUGCAGCACAACAGCAGUGGUGCAGACCAGCAACAGCGGUUUAGCCCAUCAGCAGCAGAGAAGGGCAGCAGCAGUGCUGCAGCCCAGCAACAGCAGCGCAGCACAACAGCAGUGGUGCAGCCCAGCAACGACAGUUUACUCCAGGAGCAGCAGUGAAGCCCAGCAGCAGUGGUGUAGCCCAGCAGCAUCAGUGAAGCACAGCAGCUGCGGUGCACCCCAGCAGCGGCGGUUUAGCCCAGCAGUAGCAGUGAAGCCCAGCAGCAGCGGUGCAGACCAGCAGCAGUGGUGCAGCCCAGCAGCAGCAGUGCAUCCCCACAGCAGUGGUGCAGCCCAGCAGCAGCAGGCUAAUGCAAGAAAAGUGAGCAGCAGUCCAGCCAGCAGCAGUGGUCCAGGCAGCAGCAGACCAGCCAGCAGCAGUGGUGCAGCCAGCAACCCAGUGGAAGCAGUGCAGCCCAGCAACAGCAGUGUAGCCCAGCAGCAGCAGUGUAUUCCAGCAACAGCAGUGCAGCCCAGCAGCAGCAGUGCAGCCCAACAACAGCGGUGCAGAACAGCAGCAGCAGUGCAGACCAGCAGCAGCAGGCCAGCCAGCAGCAGUGGUGCAGCCAGCAACCCAGUAGAAACAGUGCAUUCCAGCAACAGCAGUGUAGCCCAGCAGCAGCAGUGCAUUCGAGCAACAGCAAUGCAGCGUAGCAGCAGCUGUGCAGCCCAGCAAUAUCUGUGCAGCCCAGUAGCAGUGGUCCAGCUGCCAGCAGCAGCGAUCCAGGCAACAGCACUCCAGCCAGCAGAAGUGGUGCAGCCCUGCAGCAGUGGUGCAGUCGCGGGCGCCUCCAGCCAGAUGAGUCAAGUUCGCAAAUGGAUGUCGCAGACAGUUCGGCGUGGCGAGGCGGGCGGUUUGCGGAAGUGCGCGCCGCGCUGUGGAGGAGCGACGAACGUCUCCCGCCUGUGGGCUGGUGUGGUGGAGGCGGCCGCCGGUUUAUCAGCCGCGGCCAGGCCCUAA